AAAAUAGAGAACGCCGGAGGACGGAAAGCUCUAGUUAAACCACUUCCACAUUUUCAUUAACUUGGCGAAGCAAAGUAACACUCUGAGACGCACAAAGCUCAGCGGAUAUAAAAUCCAGCCCAAGAAGCUGUGAGAGAGACUCUCAUCUCAGAGACACGUUGAUGCACUUCAACAGCUCAUUUCUUUCCAGGGAAGUCUAGCAGAGGAAACGUAACGUUUGACUGCUGCAGAUCCAAAACAAAGAACACGCUGUCUUGAAAGAAAAGUUCAAAGGGAAAAAACAUGGCUUCCAAGUCUCCUGCUCUGCUCCUGCUCUGCUCUGCUCUGCUCCUGGCUGUCAUGUGUGCAGCAUCAGUGUCAGCUGAGACACCAUAUGAUAAAUUCUUAAGGCAACAUUACUAUAAUGGAGGUAUGAGUGUCCAGAUGUGUGAUUCAGUGAUGACAAGGAGAUCUUUGGUCAAUCCCUGCAAACAGACAAACAGUUUUAUUAUUAAUGCCAUAAAAAAUGAUAUAAUUGCAGUCUGUAAGGAAGCGGGAAAGCCGUAUAUAACCAGAGAUGGCAGAAAUUUGCGCAUAAGCUCAAAACCAUUUACUGUGGUAACAUGUAACCGGAAAGGGGGUUCUAAUAAACCCCCUUGCAAUUACAGGGGAAACAGGAGCACCAGAAAUAUUGUCAUUGACUGUGUUAAUGAUCUCCCUGUGCACUAUGAAGAGGGUAUAAUUGCAGCAUAGCAACAUAGCUCCCCUCGCUUCUGCUUCUAGCUAAUCAGUAAUACCAUCUCACUUCCGAAAACACCCAACAAGCUGUGAAACAAACUAAAUACACAACAGGAACUACAAGCAAGUGUUAAAGUCACAAAGUCUGAACAUACUGGCAAUAUCUUGAAUACACUGGUGAAUAUACAGAGUUCCAAUUUCCUUUAUGUUGAGAAAAUGUAUGAGCCCAUGAAUAGUAGUUGAUCAGUUAUGGGGGGGUGGGGGGGGUGGGGGUCCUUUUUGAUUACCACCUUUUAUCUCAUAUUUUAUUUAAUAGUGAAUAAAUUAAUCAUAUUAAGUCAACUUACGAACCUGGCAAGUAAAUAAAGGUAUUUCAAGUUAUUUAAUGCUAAAGAAAAGUUAGUUUUUUUCUUUUUUUCUGCUUUAACUGUUUUUGUCUCAUUUACUGUCAAGGUGUAUUCCUGUAAUCAUGCUCCCCAUUUGCUGUACCGUACUGUGUAAUUAAUUCACUGCCUUGUCUGAUUUUAUUUCACUGAUUUUUUCUUAUUUCAAUUGGUUUGUGAUGUUGUUGUUCACUAGAUAACUUGUUGUUCAUUAUUGGACUAUCUGACCUGUCUACAGUUACCUAUUCAUAUACAAAAUGCCAUUAUCAUCAUUUGUUUUAUAAAUUGUAAGUCACCUUAGAUAAAGGCGUCAGCCAAAUUCCUAAAUGAUCUGUAUUUCUUUGUAUGGAAAAUGCAGUAAUUCAACAAAGAUGAUGAAUUGAUGGAUGCAUACAAUUGCACUGUUCAGUUAUUCUAAGUGAUGCCAGCUGUUCUGUUUCUGUUAAAUAAUGCCUCCUGAUUGGGCGGAGGAGCUGUUGUGUGGAGGAAGUGGGUGUGGUUGUAAGCAAUGCCAAAGUGUCUCUAAUGUGAUGCGCGUCACAAGAGAAUCUGCCAUGUAAUACAAAAAUUGUGUAUGGGAUUAAAUGAAUAAUCACAAUAUGCAAUGUGCUUGUCUUUGUCAAUCCUCUACUGAAAUAAAGCAUUCAAAUGCC